UUUUACAUAUUUUUAUCUGCAGAAUAUGCUGCCGUUGUAUCCGGAAUACAGUUCGGACCACCCUGUAUAUCAAUUUGAUACAGUAUUAAAGCUACUACGAAAAAAGAUUAAAAAUCAAUUUUGGGAGAGGUUCAGUUACUUUCUUAUUCGGCCAAAAAAGUGAGAAUAAGGACUGAAAUACCUAGUAAUUUUUUAAAUAUUUAAUUUUCACUGAACAGCACAUAAAUAUGUGACUGUAUACUCUGUUACAAUUAUAAUACGCGUGUGAAUCAACCUUAAUGAAAUUAAACAUCACCUGACAUUUUCUGACAUUGAUAACCAAAAACGAAAAUGUGCAACAUCAAACCAAACAAAACCGACUAUUAUUUACCCCAAGACCAAUUUUUCAACGACGUAAUCAUAGACCAAUCCUUCCUAGUCAGAGCUCAAGACCUCAAGAAUAUCGAUUUUGCCAAAGUCAAUGACAAAGAACAACCAUCUCGUACCAACGAACACUGGUACCCUGGCGCCAAUUCUUACUACAACCACGUCGAAGAUAUCGAUCCUUUCAACAAAGUCAACUAUCUCCUGGCCACACCCGAAAUCGUUGACAAAUGUUUACAGAAAAAGGGCCCUUCAACGCAUACUUAUGACGCAUAUACUGAACGCGAAGCUCAAGUCAGAUACUUGGAGUCUAUACCUGUUUCGUUUAUUAUUAUGGGAAAACCCGACAUAGGUCAGAAGGAAUUGGGUAAACGUUUGGCAGAAUAUUGGAAAUGUGUCUACAUAGACCCGCAAACUCUUAUAGAAGAAGAAGUAGAGUCUAAGAGUUGUGCUGGUGAAUGUAUAGAGUUCAAUCUCCGAAACGGUAGGUCCAUAGGCAUAGAUAUCAUCCUGAACCUACUCAAAAAACGUGUUGGUUCCGAUAUUUGCUUACAUAGAGGCUUUGUUAUCUGUGGAUUACCAGUAAUUCCGAACGAUUUGUACGAAGAGGAGCCUAUAUCUACUGAAUCGGCCAUUUUUACCGCUAAAGACAUAUUCCAGAGCAUUUGUAAGACCGUUACAAACAUUUGUUGUUUACCCAGUGACACUCAUAUACUGGACGCAAACUCUAAGGAUAAUGUUAGUCAGGCGAAACAUAAAGAAAAUGAAAAGAUCGAGGAAACUUUUUCAGAAAAUUAUCUGAAAAUUGGCAGAGAUUACGAGAAACAGCUUGAUUUUCUGUUUGAUCUCCUUAACGGUCCUUUCUUUAUCAUAAACGUCUACUGCGGAAGUAUAGAUGUUGUGAAUAGAAGAGAUUCUAACCGAUUUUACCUCCAAACUAGGGAAACCAUCAACCUUCAGAAACAACACUAUAACAAACUUUAUCGAAACAUGUUUCUCUCAGGAAAUAAUUCUGAAUUUGAACAAGAUUUCAUCGAUAUGGAUUCUUUUGAAGUCGACCUCUUCAGACUAAAAGACUUGGUGAAGAUACCUUGUGAUUUUAAUGCUAGCGUCAGUGCUCAACUUGAUUACUACCACUACACUGCUUUACAGUUCAUAAAGAGCAGAGUCCUGGCUCACAGCGCAGAGUAUUUUAUAAAAGUAGACGGUCGGACUACUGUUACACGCAUGCUGAACAUUAUCAAAUCGAGGUUAAACAUCAUGAACGUCCAGAAGGUUCUUAUACCGAACAAAUUAAGCGAUACGGAGCUAGAGGCGUUUUAUACCACUCAAGAAACGUUAUUGGGACCGGAAGACGAAGAAGAACAAAAGGAACAAAAUGAAGAGAAACGCCUAACUCCCAAAGAAUACUUUGAACAACUGAGAAAGGUCCAAGCUCCAAGUAACAAAUACAUGUGGUCUUGGAGCGAUUGGGAGAGUCUAUGUCCUGUCUCUAUGAGGUCAGGAUAUAUUAGAGAAGGUAACGUUAAAUAUGCUGUUCAAUUUAUGAAUAAAAUAUUCUUUCUGUUCGAUAACGAAUCUUAUUUAAAAUUCUAUAGCAACCCCAGACCCUUUUUGCUACCUCCUUUUCCAAAAACCAGCUGCAAAAUUGUCAUUUUUGGACCAAGGCUUAGUGGACGAAGUGCUUUAGCACAGUGCUUAGCCUAUUACUUUGAUGGCACUGUGUUGUCUACGGUAAAAAUCAUGAAGGCUUAUUUGGACGAGAGGCAGGAUGAGUAUCUGAGUAAGAUCAAGAAACUGGCCACCGCCGAAGCUAUAGCUCUACUCAACGAACAAAGGAAGAUUGAGGCGGAGGAACGCGAAAAGGAACGCAUCGAUCAGAUCAGGGAAUGGUUAAAAACCACUAUAGGUUACUUAGAGGAGAUGGUGAAUAUUUUCGACGAAAUCGCCAAAGAGGAGAAAGUAGAACACUUUGAAAUCUCCUCCUUUCCCAUGCAAAUGAAACGAAUAACCACUCAAGACAUGUUGGAGGACACGGAAUUUGCGACUGCUCUAGCAAAAAUACGCGAGGAACUUUUCAAUUUGGGCGUACCGAUUUAUAAAAUGGACGAACAAACUUGGAGAAGUCUCCUGACCGAAAGGAAGAAGUUGCUUCAAUACCUGCCUCUCGAAUUGGCUCAUAAACAAGCCGUUAAACCUGCGACAGCUAAGGACGAUUUUGUUAAAGAGUACGUAAACGAUUCGCUGGCCAGGGCUGGUCUUGGAAACAUCCAGCUCAACGCUGGCGGGCUCUUGGAGACUUUUAUGAGACAUUUUAGAAUAGCCGAGGAGAAAUACAAAUCGAAAGACCUGGGAAACGGUGGUUGGAUCAUCGACGGGAUGAUGUGCAACCUGGAAGUGAUAGACGGGUUUUUCCCGCUGUAUAUCGGCGAUGAAGUGAUCGUUCUGACAGAUCCUGACGGUCAGUUCCUGGAAAAACGAUUCGCCGAUGGUAUCAGUACGUAUUUUAGAGAGUACAAACAGUUUUUUGAAGAUAUCGGACUUCCUGAUGCGGCCCAUCGCAGCCCGUCUAUAUCUUCAACUAAAAGUACUGAAGAAUCUUUCAUCCGUGACGUUCUAGACAACCUUCUAGAUUCGGGAAGUUUUUAUUUUAAUCCCGAAACUAAUAAACCUGAUCCCUCUCAAAGACUAGAAGAAUACAAGAAUGAUUUGCUCGGUUUUCAAAACGACUGGGAGAAGAUUAAGGAAUUUUAUCUUCAGCACAAUAUUACUCCUAGAGAAAUUAACGUUGCGAACAAGUCUUUUCCUCAAUUGUUUCGGGAGGUGAUCAAAAAUAUACAGGAUAAGUACAGAGCGCGAGCUCAUCCUAGGAAGAUUGUAGAGAAAAGUAAUGUACCAAAUGAUUUAGAGGAAAAAGGCAGUGAUUUGGAGACGGAAGACACUACAAUCGUCGGGACAAAACCUGAAGAAAAUAGAGAAAAUAUCUGGACUUAUGGAGACACUUGGCAUUACUGUCCAGUGACACUUCACGAAAAUUGGGUUCUGUGGAAAGGGAAAAGACAGUUUGCUCUGACCUACAACGACCACGAUUACCUUCUAGCUACCGAGAAAGACUACAAGAAGUUUUUGAAAGAUCCUUGGGAAUUUUUACCGUUUUCCGUUAAGAAAUGCCCACCUCCCAGGAUUUGUAUUGUUGGUGUUACUGGAUGUGGUAAAACAACCUUGGCCAAAGAAAUUUCUAAUAAUUAUGGGUUAAUUUAUGUAAGCUAUGAACAUUUUUUGAAGACAUGCUUUAAUGUUCGCGCUAACCAAACGCUUAACGAGUUAGCUACCGAUCGAAAUUCAGUUCUCUACAAUUACUUACAAGGUAACGUACCUCUGCCUGAAAACGCGGUCGAAAAGUUAGCCAAAUACUGGCUCGGAGAACCGUACAAGUCAAAAGGUUUCGUUCUAGAUGAUUUUCCUAGAACUCCGCGUGAUAUUGAGUUUAUGGUACGCAAAAAAUUGAUCCCUGACAUGAUCAUAUACCCUUCCUCGACCGAAUCUUACUUGAAAACGAAAUUUAUCGAUAGAGCACUGAAAUCCUGGCAAGAAUCCAUGGACAAACAUCGGCAAGAAAUCGAGUUAAGACAUAGCAAAGCUCUGGAAAAAUGGAGAGAAGAUAGGGCAAUAAGUUUCAACAUUCUAAUCGAGGAAAAACGCGAAAAAAGAUAUUCAGAACGAAUCCAAGACAAACAAGUCGAUGCAGAACAAAGUGAAACCAACUCGCAAAUCAGUUACGAUUCUGUGGCAGAACAGAAAGACUUGGAAGAAGUAAAUAAAGUUUUGGAUGAAGAAUUUCCUCCUUUAAAAUUUGACGUUCCAACAGAGAACCCUGAGGCCUUCGUGUCGAAGACCAAGCCUUUGAUUUUUAACACCGUCCAAAAGGAUAUCGAACUCAUCAAGAAAAUUAAAGAAAAAGCUUUGUUAGAGGAAAUCCCAUUCAGUGAAAUAUCUUUAAACUUGGAUAACUUCAACAAGACAAUUAUAGCCAGCUAUUUGCUAUUAGAACCCAUAAAAUUCAGGAACGAUUCAUAUCUAGAGCAUUGUUACGAAGUCAGUUUGGAGCUAGCCGAUAGACUGUUAUCUUCAGGUUAUUUUUUUCUGAGUAAAUUCGGAAAAACCUGUCCAGUUCAGUAUUACAACAACAUCGAUCCAUUACAGAUGUACUCGCUAGCCGAAGAAAGGAACACGUUAUAUCCUGUUGUAUACAGGAACUAUAUUUAUUAUUUGAUAGAUCAAAACAAGGAGCAAUUUAUGAAUAAUGUCCUAAAGUAUAUUAAUAAAGAGUUCAAAUUUCCUUUAAUACCUUUCAAGAUUGCUGUAACGGGUCCUCCGAAGUGCGGUAAAACUCUUCUGGCAAAAAGAUUCCAGGAUAGAUACGGGUUUAGUCUGAUUACUAGAGGAAAUGCUGUGAGGUACGUUUUAAAGUACUUGCCCGAAUGUGAUUUGGGGAGGAAUAUGGAAACUGUACUAAGGAAAGGAUGGGAACUAACUGAUGAGAUGGUUAUUAAGAGUGUACAGGCAGCAAGUUUUGAUAAGAAAGCCGCAAGUCAUGGGAUAGUUUUUGAUGGAUUCCCUAAUUCUUUGAACGAGGUAAAGCACUUGGCUUUUCUGGAUCUUUUGCCCAACAUUGUCAUCGACUUGAAAGCUUCUUCCGAACAAGUUUUAGAAUGUUUAUCCCAGGAUAUUCCAAAGUCACCUUUUCCGAAAUACAGUAAAUGUUUUGUACUGCGUUUCUACGAGUUGUGGAGUAAAGAUAGUGGAUGCUUUAGAGAAUGGUUUGAUAGAGAGUACCAAGCUACAGUAUCGCUUCCGAUUGAUCCAUCAAAAUGGAGGCUGUACCACGAGAGUAAGGGUUACCUAGAAAGCACCUUCUGGGAGAUUAAGCACUAUCACCAACACAUCUCGGAAGAUUGGCCUUUGAGGUUAGGAAAUAUGCUAGUGACUCCCUUGGAGUUCUUGGAUAGGCAAACUUCCUAUCGUCAUUACUGCCCUUUGUGCCUGCAUUUCUCAAACAAGCUGGUAUCAGGAGGUGAUCCUCCUGAUAGAACUGGCUUGAUACAGUUCAGAUUCAAUUUUUACUGGAUCUGUAACGAUCACGUAGAUUUUUUUCUGGCAACGCCCGAAUUGUAUCUUCCUCCAUACAAUAAUAACAACAUGCCGGCUAGUUUGCCAAAAGUAGUGGCAUGUCAUGGUACUAUGCCAGAUAAUGUAUACGAAAAUGGAUCUUGUACAGUUUGUUACAAAACUCAAGUGAUUAUUACCAAAGGAAAACUUAAAUUCGCCGUGCUGUACAACGACAAAAUCUACCUCUUCGAUAAGAAAGAAUGUUUGAACACAUUCCUGAAAAAUCCUCAGCAGUUUAUGUUUGGUAUAGAGUUCAGGGCUCCGGUUUAUUCUGACUUGAACUACAAAGAACUUCCGAUCUUAGGGAUGCUCGAGCAAUACAUAGCCAAAGAAGUGAUCGAAGCUGUCUGUUUCAUAUCGAAAAGACGUCCCAUUAUACCAGGCCUGGACGUAAAAUGUUCUGCGCUUAUCGGUUUGGGACUUUUCAUGAAGUCCAAAAACGAUAAGUUGGAUCCGAACUUGAAGAAGUACUAUGAUGAUGGAUUUGAGUUGUUCAACGAAAGAAGGAAGAAGCUUUUGAGGUAUUUGGACUGGAUGACGACUUACAGGAAUCCGUAUUUGCACUAUGAAGAUAUACUGCCUGGUUUCAGAUUGCCUCCUUCUGUUAAAUCGGAGAGUCUUACAACGAUGGUGUCCAAAAUUGUGGAGAAGUGUGUGGAUAAUAUCGAUUUGUAUCUUCAUGAAGGGAGUGGAGAUGAAUGAUGAUUAGAACGAAAAAAUAAUUCAAAGAAAUGUUGAUAUAAUAAGAUUUGUAAUGCUGUUCUUAGAGCAUACUUAUGUUGCUGUUAUAUAUUUUUAACUGAUUUAAUUGUAAUGGGAAAAUUGUAAUAAUAAACUUUUAAUUUGAAUACUGUAUUUUUCCUGGGUAUUUUAUAGUGUGCUAAGGUAAUGUUAGGUAUUAACUUAUGUAACAAUAAAAUUGGCACAUGUAUUGUUCAUUUAUAAUACAGAGUGGCCCAUCGAAAACGUUCCGCAAGGCAUAACGGCCAGAGUAAAUUUUUUUUCAGAAAAUUUCAAAACACGUCAAUUUUGUUAGAAGCUAUGGAGGUAUUCGUAUUGGGCCAAGUUGCCAUGGUAAGUACGCUGAGUAUAAGAAAAUUAGCCAAUGAGACCGGCGCACAGUGGGCAAAAAUCCAGAACUAUGUGGCAAAAAUUAUUUUAUUGUACGAUUUCAUUCAAAUUUGGUAAAAACAUUCUAUGCCAGUAGCCCGUGAACCCAGUUAGUUUUGGCU